AUGGCUUCUUUCCUGAUCCGUCCAGCUACCCUCGAGCAGAAAGAUGAUGAGCUUCUUGUGGACUUCAUGGACUCCCAGAUCGCUUGGCUGUCUGAGAUAGGGAGUGCGGAACAGUGGGGCACAGAAUCCGUUCGAGAGAGCAGGCCAGAUGUUGGAAAGCGAGCACAAGAGUGGAUUGAACGCAGUGAACGUGAGAAUCAAUGGGGGUUGGAAUGGUGUCGUGCAUUUGUAGCCGGAGCAGAAACGGCGCUGGGCAAUGCUGAGAGCACACACUCGAUACCUGUCUCUGCCCUGGUCCUGGAAGGUAAAUCUCCAGAAUAUGUGCGCUCGAUUCUGCCAGAACAAGACGAGAAAGACCCAUUCGUCUAUCUGGCCUACUUGAUGUCGAAUAGAAAGGCAGGUGUGCUUGGAAAGGGCGCGGGAUCUGCUCUAAUAGCUUUUGCGAAAGAUCGGGUCCGAGAAGCUGGAGUGUUAAGAAUCUGCUUGGACUGCUUUGCUGGAAACGAUCGCAAGCUCGUCAAAUACUAUGAAAGCCAGGGAUUCCAUCUGAUCAAGGAAUUUGCUGCCGGCGACAAGAAUUGGCCAUGCGCUGUACUCGAAAUGAGGUUGUAG